CGAGCGGUGUAGCACACAACACUGUCCGGGAUGCAGCCGGCUCUUGGCUUUUUUCUCCCGCGUCGCUCGGGGAGAAUGGCCGCUCGAGUGUCUCCGCUUCCCCGGGUGAGCCACUGAGGAGCUCCCGCGGCUGUUCCAGGGUGAGGGCGAGCAGAGCCGCCUCUGUCUUUCGCUCUAGUGGCUGAGUUGAAGACCUGCCAUGACGAUGAAGAAAGAGACUGCAUUUGCUGUUUCGACCUAAAGAAAAAUGACCAAUAAGAACCAAAGCUGUGCUGUGGGACAGGAUUCCAUGCCCUCCAUGACUUGUCUCAUCCACGUCCUUGAAGCGUGGUUUGGUGUGGAGCACUUGGAGGACUACUGGAAUUUUGCAAACUACCUCUUGUGGGUUUUCACACCACUCCUCCUUUUAAUACUCCCUUACUUCACCAUCUUUCUGCUGUACCUUACUAUCGUUUUCUUACACAUUUAUAAGAGGAAGAAUGUGCUAAGAGAAGCCUACUCCCAUAAUCUGUGGGAUGGUGCAAGGAAGACGGUGGCGACCCUGUGGGACGGACACGCGGCUGUUUGGCAUGGUUAUGAAGUUCAUGGGAUGGAAAAAAUACCGGAAGAAGGACCAGCACUGAUCAUUUUUUAUCACGGAGCUUUUCCCAUAGACUUUUACUACUUCAUGGCGAAAAUUUUUAUCCAUAAAGGCAGAACUUGCCGAGUAGUAGCGGAUCACUUUGUCUUUAAAAUUCCAGGGUUUAGCUUAUUACUUGAUGUAUUUUGUGCUAUUCGUGGACCAAGAGAAAAAUGUGUUGAAAUCCUGCAGAGUGGUCACUUGCUAGCUAUCUCACCGGGUGGCGUUCGGGAAGCACUGAUAAGUGACGAGACCUACAACAUUGUGUGGGGUAAUCGGAAAGGCUUCGCUCAGGUUGCAAUCGAUGCAAAAGUGCCCAUUAUUCCUAUGUUUACACAAAAUAUUCGAGAAGGAUUUAGAUCACUUGGAGGAACAAGGCUGUUUAGGUGGCUUUAUGAAAAGUUCCGCUAUCCAUUUGCCCCCAUGUACGGAGGUUUUCCUGUAAAGUUGCGCACCUACUUAGGCGAUCCCAUUCCAUACGACCCAAAGAUCACAGCAGAAGAACUAGCCGAAAAGACGAAGGAUGCUCUUCAAGCUCUGAUUGAUAAGCACCAAAGAAUACCCGGAAACAUAAUGAGCGCUUUGCUAGAACGUUUUCAUAACAAACAAAAGAUCAACCAGAAGACGCUUUAAUACAUUUAUAUUAAUCUGUUUGUAUCUAUAUGACUGUAUUCUAAAUUUUGUAGGUUCUAUAGUUAGUAUUUUUUUUUUAAAUCACAUCAAGAAGCAUCUUUCAUUGAAUUUGUUUGCUUAAAAUUAUGUUGUCAUUUUGUUUCUGCAAUCAGUUGUGUCAAAUUUAAACAAUAACUCACUACAUGCAUCAUAAUUCAGAAAAUGAUCAUGGUUCUUUUUAUAAUUUCCUAAUCAUGUAUCAUUAACAUAGAUCCUUAAAACUAUGGACUUCCCUGGUAGCUCAUCUGGUAAAGAAUCUGCCGGUAAUGCAGGAGACCCAGGUUUGAUCCUUGGGUCGGAAACAUCCCUGGAGAGGGGAAUGGCUACCCACUCCAUGCCUCAUAAUUUGGAAAAUGAUCAUGGUUCUUUUUAUAGUUGCCUAAUCAUGUAUCCUACACAUAGAUCCUUAAAGUUAAGUUUAUCAAUAAUAGCAGUGGAGGUUAAACAAACAUUCCUAAAUAAUGCAUCUAGUUUCUGCAUCUCUUGCACUGAGCUAGUUUUGCAAGGUGGCAUAACCUAGGGUUUUAGUAUAGAUGCUUAAGUUAGAGAAAAACAAGCUCUUUCCUCUGCCUCUCAUUCCUUUCAUGACCUUGGGCAAAUCACAUACUUUUGUGCCUCAACAAUUCACUUUUUAAAAACAUGCUAAUCCUUUGGUGAGGAAUAUUGUUUUAACUCUUUAUAUUUGCUGUGAUUGAUAUCCAUAGGACAGAAAUUAUGACUAUAUAAACUAAACAAUACCAAGAUCUUUUAGAAGUUUGUGUAUUUAUUUUGUCCGUAGGAUGUUUAAAUUAUUCCUUCAGGUGUGAUGUCAAGUUGCCAAGCAACAAUGAAAAAGAUGUACUGUUUUUCAAACUGAGUAAAGCAGAAAUUAGGGAAAGUAAAAUUUUUAAUUACUGUGAUUAUUCUUUUUAGUAUUAUAUUUUUAAUGAGAAUCUGUAGACAAACCAUACAAGGUAUGCUCUGCGUCGUCUGCCCUGUAAUAUGGCAUUUAAUAGUGUCGGGUUGGAAAUCACAGUCAUCCCCUGCAUCUCAUACGUUAGAAGCUGAUUCUAAGCUGAUGACAGCCCCGGGAGAAAGCUCUGCUUUUCUCAACAUCCUGGCUCAUUCAGCUUGACUCUGUAUCCAGACGGAUGGUUUAUUGUUUCGAUAAAAAUAUACUUGAAUGAUGAAUUUAUGUGAACAUAGGGCUCUUUGAAAAUUAAUGGCUUUUGAUUUGUUGUCUCUUUGAAAUCUGAAUUUAAAAGUAUUUAAACAGAAUAGUACCAGGAAUCAAAUGCAGUAUGUCCCUCUUCCUUUUUGAGAUAUUAAAUUACUUGGAUUUUUGUAUAAACUUUUGUAUAACAAGUAUGUAUGUACGAUAUGUGUGAUGUAUGUCAAAUUAAGAAAAAUAAAAAUAAAAGCUGAAUUGCA